CAUAAAUAACAGCAGGAGUGAUCUAACCCUAUACAGCCCAUCUUCUACGUGCAAAAACAGCGUGUGGAGGACGGCCACAUCUCCGACUGAAAACAAGUGGAUCUCUGUGGAUAAGAUCACCGGGCAGCCAUGGAAGAACUUACGGCUUUUGUAUCCAAAUCUUUUGACCAGAAAAGCAAAGAGAGCAGCAGCGGCAGUGGCAGCGGCAACAAGAAGGAGACGAUCACGUACAGGGAAGUUUUGGAGAGUGGGUUGGCUCGCUCUAGGGAGCUUGGAAACUCUGAUUCUAACCUGCAGGACAUGACCGAGAGCAGCAACCAUUGCCCGGUGCAUCUUUUCAAAGACCACGUAGAGAGCGACAAGGACAAACUGAAGGAGUUCAACACGGGCAGGACAGCGGAAGGGAUCUACGAAUGCAAAGAGAAGAGGGAAGAUGUGAAGUCAGAAGAUGAAGACGGACAGACCAAGCUUAAACAAAGGAGAAGCAGAACCAAUUUCACACUAGAGCAGCUGAACGAGCUGGAAAGACUUUUUGAUGAGACUCACUAUCCGGAUGCCUUCAUGAGGGAGGAACUAAGCCAGAGGCUGGGACUAUCUGAAGCUAGGGUUCAGGUCUGGUUCCAGAACAGGAGAGCGAAGUGCCGAAAGCAGGAAAACCAGAUGCACAAAGGUGUGAUCCUGGGAACCGCCAGCCAUUUAGACGCCUGCAGAGUAGCCCCCUAUGUGAAUAUGGGAGCCCUGAGGAUGCCUUUCCAACAGGUCCAGGCGCAGCUGCAGCUGGAGGGCGUGGCCCACGCGCACCCGCACCUGCACCCGCACCUGGCGGCCCACGCGCCCUACCUGAUGUUCCCGCCGCCGCCCUUCGGGCUGCCCAUCGCCUCCCUGGCCGAGUCCGCCUCCGCCGCCGCCGUGGUGGCCGCGGCCGCCAAGAGCAACAGCAAGAACUCCAGCAUCGCCGACCUGCGGCUGAAGGCCCGGAAGCACGCCGAGGCCCUGGGGCUCUGACACGCUUCCCCCGAGCCCCCAAUCACACCCCGCCCCGGGUGCCCGCGGCGGGCGGGCGUGUGACCCGCACGGACCGCCGCUCUGCCCCCCCGCUCCUCCUCAUCCUCCUCCUCCCUGGCUGCAGGGCGAGCAGCGAGCGCUCCGGCCGCCCUGCCGCCUUAUCUCUUUUGGUUUUUUUUUAUUUUAUUAUAUAUAUUUUUUUCGGGGGUUUUGUUUUUAUUUCUCUGCCCUUCCCCGAGGUCUGCGAGCGCCGCUUUGCUCGCCCGCUCGGCCCCAGGGACUCGGCGGCCGGGAAGUGCCGCGUGGCGCGGCGGGGACGCUCCGCCCGCCGCCGAACCGCGGACACGACACACGCGAGCGGCAAACACGCACCCGCCAGCCAGAGACUCCUCGGAGGACAAAGUAGGUGGGAGGAGAGAGAAAAGAGAGCUAAAAAAAAAAAAAUCACAAAAAGAGAAAAAAAAAAAAAAAGAGAGAAAUGAAACGAUCUCUAAAUUAUGUUAAUCUGUGAACAUUGGGGACACUUUGGAUUUUGACCCUGGCAAAAGUGAUCGCUCCGGCAUAACGUCAUCUGCUGCUGUCAGUUUUGCUACCUUGUGCAUGUGUCAAACUAAACACGUUUUGAAGAUCAGAAAUAUAUUAGAACAAAACUAAACAAAACAAAUAGUAAUAAUAAUAAAUAAUAAAUCCUUGGG